UUGGCCACUUCUCUUUUGGUGUUGCUUGAUGACAGAAUUAUCCUUGUUCCAUCAUUUAUCCAUGGAGGAUUCUAGUGAUGAUGUAAAGACUACUAGUUGCCCUAGAGGUCACUGGAGGCCAGCUGAGGAUGAAAAACUCAGGCAACUUGUUCAACAGUAUGGUGCUCAAAACUGGAACUCUAUUGCAGAAAAGCUCCAAGGAAGAUCAGGGAAGAGCUGCAGAUUGAGGUGGUUUAAUCAACUUGACCCUAGAAUCAACAGAAGGCCAUUUACAGAAGAAGAAGAAGAAAGGCUCCUUGCCGCUCACCGUAUUCAUGGUAACAAAUGGGCACUUAUUGCUAGACUGUUCCCUGGUAGAACUGAUAAUGCAGUGAAGAAUCAUUGGCAUGUUAUAAUGGCUAGAAAACAAAGAGAACAAUCCAAGUUAUGUGGGAAGAGAAGCUUUCAAGAUGGUCUUAUUGAUUCCAAGCUAUGUUUUGGUCCAAGGAAAUCAAGAUGUCAAGAGGGUUUUAGCUCAAGAUUUGGGCUUGGAGACAGUAGGAUUUUUGAAUUCCAGAACCCCAGUAAAGAUAAGAUUUUCUCAGUCACAUCCUCAUCUUUAACUUCUUCUCCAUCAUGGACUUUCGCUUCAUCUACAUUCAUGGCUUCAAACAAUACAUCUUUAGUCGAAUUAUCAAGAAGGAAUCAUGGAUUGGCUAUGGGGGGCUCAUAUUUGUUAGACCAAUCUCUUUACAAGUAUCAUUCAAAUACUUCAGCAUAUAGCAGCUUCAGAAAUUUCAGUGUAUUUGGUCUCCCAAACUACAGGAGGGUUGUUUCAAGUCCUUUUGGGUACCUUGGACUUGAAAAUAAUAAUGAUGUGGUGAAGGAGGAGUCCUCGAGCUUUACCGAUAACGCAUCAAAGUUAACAGACAUUAGAGUAGCGAGCAAUUCCCAUCAGGAGCAAGAUGAUGACUCCAUCAAAACAAAGGAUGUUCCUUUCAUAGAUUUUCUUGGUGUUGGUAUUUCUUCUUGAUCAUGAACAAAUCAUCUUUAUUUAA